AUGGACAAAAAAUACACAGCGGAUCAAAUCAUACAAUGCCCUGACAAAUACUCCCCAGGAUGCAACCAAAACACUGUUAGCGCGUUCAAUGCUGGUGUUGCAUUAAACUACAGCAACCCAGGUGCUCAGAUGUAUAUCAACAGCGUGGUUGAUGACCUCUACAGCUGGGGCGUCAGCUAUGUGAAACUGGCCAGGAUUUUACCCGGCUCUAUGGUCAACCCUCCCAAAUACUGGAAAUGCAACACCACAGCCAAUCUCAUGGCCUGGAGAAAGGCGAUCAAUGAGCUGUAUGAACAGAAGUGGCAGAAGCAAGGUCAGGAACAAAUUGGGUUGGGUGCAAGCUAG